CUCAAACCCCUAUACUUAUGAAAGAGUUAUCUUAUCCGAGCGAGAUGCGUCACUGCCGUAGCCAGGAUAUACCAUUCUGGUGGUCGUCACUGAACGUCUCGGCGAGGACCAGUGAGGAUCCCACACUCGUCACAGCUCACAACAACUGAGGUGUUGAAGAUGAAGUGGUCGGUGUUGGUGGUAGUGUUGGCGAUGGUGUUGGUGAUGGAGGCGCCUGACCCUUGUCAUGGCCAGGAUUGGGAUGACACAAUCACCCUCAUUAUCAACAAGCUGGCAGGGUUAUGGCAUGAAGGUGAGGCUAAGUUUAUGGGCCAUAGCUGCCGCUACAGCUACAAGCCCACCUUCUACAGGUGGAAAAUGUACUACAAGGGUAAAAUGUGGUGCCCAGGAUGGGUACCUUUCUCUGGCCAUUCCAGAACUGAGAGCAGGUCUGGAGCUAUCGAGCACGCUACGCGGGACUUCGUCAAACAGGCCUUGGAGAAGAACCUGUUUACUGCUGAGGAAGCUUCAGCUUGGAUAAAGAAUUAGGAGUCUUUUCAUUCCUGGUCCGGAGGUCUUUUUCAAGUAGUGGCUAUCUAAUGUUUGUACGAGUGGACCCAAACUGACGUCUCAACGAUCUACAUUUGAUGCCUCUACAAUCAAGUGGGAAUCUAGGCCGGGAUUCAUCAAAUAUUUAAGUGUUCACUUAAGACUAUAUUCAUGGUUCCUCAAUUAUUGCGGUUUGUUUGUAUUUAUAAUGAUACUAAUCUGGGGGAGAACGACCUCGCAGCGCUUCAAAUUUAAAAAUUCAAAUUCAAAUUUGAAACGUCCAAGCUGUUAACGUGUUUAACAAUUAUAGAGUAAGUAGCCAUGAUUGACGAAAGAUGUACAGAUUUCGUAGGUGAAUACUUAAACGCUUUAUGAAUCUUGGCUCAGCUGUCGCCUUACGUGUUUGUGAUAAGAGUUACUUCCUGGUAUCCAUGUAAGAAUUAUUUUAUUGAGAGAGUUUAUCAAAAGGCUUAAGAUAAUGUCAGCCUGUUUAUCAUAGCACACAAUUAAGUAAUAAACUGUGGAUAUUAUGGACGUAUGCAAUAAACAAAACGAAGCCUAUUCCAUUUGUAACUGCAAAAUAUGCUGCAGUUUCUCAUAUAUAUAUAUAUAUAUAUAUAUAUAUAUAUAUAUAU